CAUAAACUUGAGAGUAGAUGGUUGACCGUUGACUUUCACUUAGUAUGGAAAUGGGAAGAAUAUGCCUAGUGGAUGAUCAGAUUAAAGAAACGAAGCAGCCUAGUGGAUGAUCUCUCUUUCCGGCGCAUGAGUCACACAGGCUGUCCUAAGAAAAGAAAUCUUGAGCCAGAAAGGAAAUUGCAGAUGGGUCAAACACUAACAAAGAACAAGAGAAAACCGAAGUUUGAAUCCAGGGAGGAGUACUUCAUUAAAAAUGGAGGUAUUUUGCUGGAAAAAAAAUUCGCUCUGAGCCGAGGUCAACACAUGGUAGCAGGGCAGCUGAAAAUUUUCUCAAAUGAAGUUAUCGAGAAGGCUACAAACUACUAUGACACAGAUCUCAUUCUUGGGAGUAGUAACCUAAGAACUGUCUAUAAAGGAACUCUUGAAGGUCGUUUUGUAGCAGUGAAAGCCCCACAACUCUUAGAUCCACAUCCUGGUCUUCUUCAUCAUCAUUUAACUGAAGCUUCAAUGUCAAUGGUGAUGAAUCAUGAAAACGUGGUGAAACUGUAUGGUUGUUGCCUCGAGACUUCUAUCCCAACACUAGUGCAUGAAUACUUCCCAAAUGGAAGCCUCUUUGAACAUCUACACAUGGAUACUGCAUCUAGCAAGCAUAUGCAAUGGGCUGAUCGUUUAAGAGUUGCAACAGAGACAGGUUAUGCACUAUCAUAUAUGCAUACUGCCUUAUCAAAUCCAGUGGUGAGACACCCCCAAAAAGAUGGCCUGUUGAAGGAGUUUUAGGUUAUAUUGAUCCUGAAUACAAAGAAACUGAAGAGGUUACAGAGAAGUGCGACGUGUAUAGCUUCGGGGUGUUGAUGUUGGAGCUUUUAACUAGAAGAGAGCCUUUUGUGAUGGUUAGACGCGGGACUAACUUGGUUGAUGUG